AUGUUCCAUCCGAUUUACUAUGCUAGUAAGUCACUGAAUGGAGAACAACAAAAUUACAUAGUCACGGAACAGGAACUACUAGUUGUGGUGUACGCUUUUGAGAAAUUCAGAGCAUACUUGUUGGGCACUAAAGUGAUAAUUCACACAGAUCAUGCAGCUCUGAGAUACCUUAUGGCGAAGAAAGAUGCCAAGCCAAGGUUUAUCAGAUGGGUGUUGCUUCUCCAAGAGUUUGACUUUGAGGUUAAUGAUAGGAGAGGUUGUGAGAACCAGGUAGCUGAUCACCUGUCUAGGUUAGAGGCUGAAAAGAAGGAAAAUCUGGAGUUUGAAAUAAAUGAUGCAUUUCCGGAUGAGCAAGUAUUAGCCACUACUCUUGAUCUUAUUCCUUGGUUUGUUGAUUUUGCUAAUUUUCUCGUUAGUGAUUUGAUGCCUGAGGGGUUGACAUAUCAACAAAAGAAAAGGUUCAUGCAUGAUGUGGGUAAGUACUUUUGGGAUGAACCUUAUCUGUACAGGGUGUGCGCUGAAAACAUCAUUAGGCGAUGUGUUCCUGAAGUGGACUAUGUUUCCAAAUGGGUUGAGGUAGUUGCUUUGCUUGAGAAUGAUGGUAAGAGUGUUGCUGGUUUUCUGAAGAAGAAUAUCUUCUCAAUGUUCGGCACACCCAGAGCUAUCAUCAGUGAUGGUGGUUAUCAUUUCUGCAAUACGGUAUUCAGCUCUCUUCUGGCUAAAUAUGGAGUUAAACAACACAAGGUAGCAACACCUUAUCACCUACAGACCAGUGGCCAAGUGGAGGUCUCCAACAGAGAAAUUAAAGUAAUUCUGGCUAAAACGGUGAAUGCCAACAGGACAGAUUGGGCACGGAAGUUAGAUGAUGCUUUAUGGGCAUAUCGGAUAGCUUUCAAGACGCCUAUUGAUAUGUCCCUAUAUCAAUUGAUCAAUGAGAUGGAUGAGUUCCGUCCUAGAGCCUAUGAGAGGUCUGCACUGUAUAAAGAGAGGAUGAAGUUAUAUCAUGACAAGCAUAUUGAGAAAAUAAGCCUCACUCCUGGUGACUUGGUGUUACUUUUCUACACCAGACUUCAUUUGUUCCCGGAAAAGUUGAGAUCCAAAUGGUCUGGAUCUUUUAAGGUAACGCAUGUGUUUCAGUCAGGUGCUAUUGAGCUGGAAAAUGAUAAGGGCAAAAGGUUCAAAGCUAAUGGCCAGCGAAUCAAGGCAUACUUGGGUGUUCCAGCGGAUGUGAAGAUUGUGGAGGAAUGCAAAUUUGAUGAAGUCUGA